AUGUGUUUUCUCAAACUUACCAUAAAGUUUUUGAACCACGUUUUUGAGAGAAGCUACACAAUGCAGAUCUUCGUGAAAACCCUUACGGGUAAAACAAUUACCCUAGAAGUUGAGGCUUCAGAUACCAUCGAAAAUGUCAAAGCUAAAAUUCAGGACAAAGAAGGAAUUCCCCCAGAUCAGCAGCGUCUUAUCUUUGCUGGUAAACAGCUAGAAGAUGGCCGCACUCUCUCAGACUACAAUAUCCAGAAAGAGUCUACUCUUCACUUAGUGCUCAGGCUUAGAGGAGGUACCAUUGAACCUUCUCUCCGUAUUUUGGCAAUGAAGUACAACUGUGACAAGAUGAUUUGCCGCAAGUGCUAUGCCCGUCUGCAUCCUCGUGCUACCAACUGCCGUAAAACCAAGUGUGGUCACACCAACAACCUGCGCCCCAAGAAGAAGCUGAAGGAUUAA